AUGUUCACGUUCAAGUUCUUCCUUUCUUUCGCCUUGGUGGUAUGUCUUGCCGGUCGGGCCCUAGCGGCCUUCAAUAUCACCGUCGGGACUGCCGAACUCGCAACCAAAGACAUUAUCGCCCCUACUACAGCAAUUCCGAGCCUCUGCUCGCAGAACUGUACCAUCGCCCAGAAUAUCCUGAUUGGCUGCGCAGACGACGCCAGCUGCUUGUGUGGCACCGACGCCCUUGGCAACCUUACUCAGUGCGAACAGUGCAUAUUCACGGAGUUGAUUAGAGAGAAUAAGCCCAUGGCCGACUUCCGCGCUGGGUCGAACCCGGUAUUGGGUGCUUAUAGAACUGCAUGCAACGCGAGCACCAACACUAUGCCCCCGGCCGACACUCUCGUCCUCACGCUCCCCUCUGAUUGGGAUGGACCCUUCGUCUCCGUUCUUCCUGUGGGCGUCGCUAUCAUCUACGCUCUCUUUGGAGGAUUCUUCGGUAUCUCUGGCAUCCUCCUCCUCUGCAACAUGUGA